AUGUCUCAAACGCAAGAAGGGGGUAAUGUUAAAGAUGAAGAAGCAGAUUUUGUACCGGAAGAGGUAUCGGAAUUGGCGUUGGGAAUAAUUGACAAAAUUAUCGGAGAAAAUCAUUACAGCGAAUUAAAAGUGCAAAUGUGGACGACGGCUAUUAUGGAAAGACUUUUAACCGAAUUAGCAAAAUUAAAGAGACCAUUUAAAUAUAUUAUUAACUGUUCGCUUCAGCAAAAAACGGGUGCGGGAUUGCAUUUGGCCAGUGCUUCCUACUGGGACCCGAUCACUGACAAUUCUUGUACCGUCAAGUGGGAUAACGAAUUCGUUCACUGUUGCAUUCAUGUAUUUGGCGUGCAAAUAUAA